UUUUUUUUUAGAGAAACUGGUGUUUCUGGUGUAACGCUUCUCUGGUCAAAUAGUAAAUGAGUCAGCUUAGUGUGUUGACGAGAAGGAAAUGCAAGCUUCAGUAUCGCAGCUAAAGUUGUGUCCUAUCAAGACAGAUGUCCUAUACCAAGACUGUCUUGUUUUUACUCCUGGUUCCAGGAACUUAUUUACUAUUGUAUCUCUCUUAUUCAUAUAUGACAUUAGGGCAAUAUAAGAAAGAACCACAAAGGUACCCUCUUCCAAAACGACAAAACACAACAGCACCAAAUAAGGAUCCUGUAACCGAAGAACCAGAAAUAGACCAGGAAGUCCAGGAAGAUCCGGGGUUGUACCAUGUGGCCUACCCCCGCAAAUAUAAAUUUAUCAUUGACCAACCAAAGAUAUGUGAAGAGCAGAAGCCCUUCGUGGUGAUUAUUGUCCCAGUGCCUCCUUGGGACACUGAGGCACGCAGUGGCAUCAGGAGGACGUGGGGUGGAGAAAAGCUCAUUGGGGACAAAGUGGUUCUGGUGCUGUUUAUUAUUGGCUUACAUAAUGGAAAUGAUCAAGAAACGUUGCAGGAGAAACUCCGGAAUGAGAGCGAGCAGUACCAAGACCUCCUCCAGAGCAACUUCCUGGAUUCCUACAAAAACCUGACCAUUAAAACCAUGAUGAUGAUGGAGUGGCUCAGCAGGAGUUGUCAACAGGCAUCCUUUGCUGUGAAAGUGGACGCUGACGUGCUCGUUAACAUAAACAAUCUAAUAAAUAUGCUUGUGAGUCUGAACCCCGUACCAGCCAACUAUAUGACCGGGCUGGUGUGGUACGGAAACGUUGUCAUUCGAAAUCCGUUAAACAAGUUUUAUCUCCCCUAUGACGUAUACCCCAAAGACACAUAUCCGCCGUAUCCUCUAGGCAUGUGCUACAUAAUUUCUCUGGACCUGCCACAGAAAUUUAUUCAGGAAUCUAAGCACAUUAAGGCCAUAUUUAUAGAGGAUGCAUAUCUUGGCUUGUGUUUGGAGCGUAUGGGUAUCUUCCCAUCUCAGCCGCCACAUAUAGAACAGUUUGUGGUGAACCCACCGCAGUACAAUCGCUGUCACUAUUCUGGACUGAUAGCUAUACUUACGGGCAACACAAAUCAGAUGGCGUCUUACUGGACAGAUAUUCAUUCAACCAGCAAUCCAUGCUAAGGUGGAAACUUCCAGGCUAAUAGGACAUACUGCAAUAUUUUGUGUACGACGAAGACAUUUUUUUUAUAUUAUUAUUUCUUUUUUACAUUAAUGGUUCGCUUUAUAUAAAUAUACAUUUUGUGUGUUGUGUGAGCAACAUACAGUAUCCUCAGGAACAUAGACCUAUGUUUUACAUGUAAAAACAUGUAUGUAUUUUUUGUUAUAUAAAGUUUAAGACAUGUUA